AUGGUUGAGGUUCGUCGAACACGACCUUGGCCCAGGUACUCUAUGGUAGCCUCUUCAACGCUGGUUUUCUUCAUCGUCGGCUGCGGAAUUGGCACAAUAUCACCGUUUCCUUUCCAAGACCCUUUUCUCGAUAACUAUAUUCAAGUACUCAGUGCGACAGAAUCCUCACUGACGUGCACUUCCAUGCGAGUACGUCGAGAAUGGCGGAAACUUUCACAACCACAACGAGAAAAUUAUUUCAACGCAGUCCACUGUCUACGCAAGCAGCCUGCAAUCUUAGCUAACGGCUCGCUCUUCGACGACUUCCCAUACGUCCACAAGGCGUAUGGAAGCUACUCGCACAAAUCAGCUUUGUUUCUGCCAUGGCAUCGAUGGUUUAUUCAUUUGUUUGAAGAGGCACUUGUUACUCAGUGUGGAUAUGCUGGAGCAUUACCUUAUUGGGACUGGACUUUGGAUUGGGAGGACAUAACCAAAUCGCCUGUGUUUGACCCUGUCUCUGGGUUUGGAGGAGAUGGAGAUGCUACUGGUGAAGUUACGGUCGGUGGUGGACGUUGUGUGAUUGAUGGGCCGUUUGCAGGGUUAGAAGCUCUCAGAUUUGACGCAGACUGGGCUCCACAUUGCCUAUCAAGGGGGUUUCUCAAAGGAAAGGUUCUGAGAAAGAUGUGUGGGGAAGAUAUACGCCCGGAUGUAGUAGCUAAAGUUCUUGAAAAAGAAUCUUUCGAAGACUUCAUGUCUGCUUUGGAGGAAGGUCCGCAUAUCGGAAUAAGCACAGGCAUUCGAGGAGAUUGGGUCAAGUUCACUGUUCCGUAUGACCCUCUUUGGUACCUUCACCAUGCGCAACUGGACCGGCUGUGGUGGACAUGGCAGCACAAUGCUCUCGGAAGAGCCUUAGAGUACGACGGCAGGUCAAACAAUAACACAAGUGCUCGUGCAAAACUGUCAGACACAAUGGACUACGGAGACUUCGUGUCAAGUAUGUAUGUACGACAAGUGAUGGGGACAGAGUCUGAGACCUUAUGCUAUCGUUACGUAUAG